UACACCACCGAUCAGCCUCUAGCGUCUAGCCCAUCUAGCUCAGCCUCAGUUUGUCCGGAGGAGGGUACGUGCGCACGCGCGACGCCAUGGAUGGGCAGGAUGGAGGCCAGAGGAAGAAGCCCCAUGGGAACCCGCACCCCAAGCGGGGCAGCAUCUUCAAGACGAUCAUCACCGACUUGACCGGCGCCGGCGCCUGCGAGGACAGCAAGAAGAGCCCCGGCACCACCACAAGUCCAGGCGGCGGCGCCGCUGCAAAGGACAACACCGGCAACGGCGGCGGCGGCUCCUACUACUAGCGACCGAGCAUGGUGCGGACGAGUUGCGUGCGUGCGAUGGAGAUGGUUAGAGCAUGUCUAACAGGCCCCCAUCUCCAACAGGCGCUCUAUCCAGCGCUGUAUUCGAAAAAGUAGCUAAUUUAACGCGCGGGGGCAAAAUAAUGCUCCAAUAGGCGUUCUAUUCGGUGCUGUAAAAUACAGAUUGGGCCAAAAGCGCUAUAUCG